AUGCCCGCACAUCUCCAAGGUCAGCUUGCUGACCACGAGCACGGACUGCACAUUGCUGCUCUAGAAGCAGGCAGGGGUCAAGUAACGCGCCAGAACCCCGGCGCAACUACGCGCUUCACAUUCAAGAAUCCCUUCAAGAAGACGCCGCAUGUGCAGCUAACUUUGUGCAAUGCUACCGGAGACCAUGUGCCGACGGAGAUCUAUCUACUUGCUGAUAAUGGGCCAGCUGUGGAUCCGGAAGGUUUUAAUGUGGGAAUUUUCGCCAAACCAGGCCAUACGGCCGAAUUCAGAUAUUUGGCCAUGACCAUAUUGGAGUCCACGAGUGGUGAGAGUGGUACGACCGAGCCGAAAACAUCGAGCAGCACGAAGCCAAAAACCGCACAACCCUAA